AUGAGAAAAAAGGUUGAGAAAAUAAAAAAAAGUAUUUGAUAUAAUAAAUUUAGAACCAUGGAGUGAUUAUGAGGAUGCGUAAGUAAUGUAAUUAGUGGAAUAAUAUGGGCCACAUAAAUGGACAUUUAUAGCAUCUAAGUUAUAAGGUAGAAUAGGAAAGUAAUGUAGAGAACGGUAGAAUAAUAUUAAUAAUUUAGAUGGCAUAAUCAUCUGAAUCCAUUAAUAAAAAAGUCUCCUUGGGAAUAUGAUGAAGAAUGGAUUUUAUUUUUGUAUCAUGAAGCUAUUAGUAAUGAAUGGGCAGAAAUAGCAAAGCAUUUAGAAGGAAGAACUGAUAAUGCAAUAAAGAAUCAUUGGAAUUCUGGAAUGAAGAAGAGAAUGAAUGAAUUUUAUGAAAAGUUAUAGAAAAUUAGAUAACAAUUUUAAUAAAAAGGGUUUUAAAUUUGAAUUAAAGAAGGUA